AUGUCCCUCCCAAAGACGUGUAAGGCGUGGCAGGUCAAGGAGGCAGGCGCCCCUCUGCAACUCCGGACGGCAGACUUCAAGGCGCCAGGGAAAGGCGAGGUCCUCGUCAAGGUGCUCGCCUGCGGCAUCUGCCACUCGGACGUUGGCAUGCAAAAAGGCGAAUUAGGCCCCGUUCAUCCCCGCGUCCCGGGCGGCGAGCGCGUUGGAGGAGCUUGGCAUGGAGGCGAGUCUGUACUCUCUGGAAACCUCUGGAUUAUAAACAAGCCGGAGAUGAGAGGGGUCUUUGGGGAGGGAGAUCGCCACGACAGAACCUGCGCAACAUGCCAGCUAGGCCAAUCCCAAUCCUGCCAAAACGGCCCAAUCAACGGCGUCACCCGCGACGGAGGCUACGCAGAAUACGUCACCCUCCGCGCCCAAGCCGUCGUCCGCGUCCCAGCAGACCUCGACCCCGCCGAGACGGCGCCCCUCCUCUGCGCCGGCGUCACCGUCUUCAACGGCAUCCGCAAGAUGGAGAUUCCCCAAGGAAGCCUCGUCGCCGUCCAAGGCCUCGGCGGCCUAGGCCACCUCGCCGCGCAGUACGCCACCAAGAUGGGCUACCGCGUCGCGGCCAUCAGCUCCGGCGCCGCGAAAGCGGGUUUCGCGUCUGAGCUGGGCGCCGGGUGCUUCAUCGACAGCAGCGUCGAGGACCCCGUGGCGAGGCUCAAGGCCCUGGGCGGCGCCGAGUGCAAAGGCUAUCAGCCCCCUUGCGGGCGCGCCGCGGGUGCGCGGCAAGUUGUUGGUGCUCACGGCGGUUGA